AGUGAUCCUAACUUCUUACCAAAGAACCAGUGGUCCAGCUCUUUCCCAUUUUAGAUGUGUUGUUUGUGUUUUAGCCGAUUCAAGCUAAUACUGCUGCUCGGCUUUACCUGCCACCCAGUGAGCGUACUGCGUUCUGUGACAUCAUGCGCAUACCCUCUAUAGGGAAAGAAUGAUGAACAAGCCUCACUGUGUGCUGCUGGCGUCCAAAGAGAACUCUGCUCCGGUGAAGUUGGGGGGAUUUGGAGUCGCCAUCCAGCUUGGAGAGUCGGGACUGGUGGCAGGAGGUCGGGUAGGAACUCCCCACUUCAUGGCCCCAGAGGUGGUGAAGAGAGAGCCGUAUGGUAAGCCCGUGGACGUGUGGGGCUGCGGAGUCAUCCUCUUCAUCCUCCUCUCAGGGUGUCUGCCUUUCUACGGCACCAAGGAGCGACUGUUUGAAGCCAUCUGCAAGGGCAAAUACAAGAUGAAUCCGCGCCAGUGGGGUCUGAUCUCAGAGAGCGCAAAGGAUCUGGUGAGGCGCAUGCUGAUGCUGGACCCCGCUGAGAGGAUCACCGUCUACGAGGCUCUUAACCACCCCUGGCUGAAGGAGAGGGACCGUUAUGCCUACAAAAUCCACCUGCCAGAGACUGUGGAACAGCUGAGAAAGUUCAAUUCCAGGAGGAAGCUCAAGGGGGCUGUCCUGGCUGCAGUUUCCAGCCACAAGUUUAAUUCCUUCUACGGAGACCCCCCUGAGGAACUCCAUGACUUCUCUGAAGACCCCACGUCCUCAGGGGCUGUGUCUCAGGUGUUGGACAGUUUAGAGGAGAUCCACGCCUUGACAGACUGCAGUGAAAAGGAUCUAGAUUUCCUUCACAGUGUUUUCCAGGACCAGCAUCUGCACACACUGCUGGACCUCUACGAUAAGAUCAACACCAAGUCAUCCCCACAGAUCAGAAACCCGCCCAGUGAUGCUGUGCAGAGAGCCAAAGAGAGUUCAACCCAAGACGAAGCAAGUGGCGCUUUGAAACAUCUGGAAUAUGUACUGGAAGAGAUCUCCUGCUACCCAGAGAACCACGAAGCUAAAGAACUCAGGCGGAUACUGACGCAGCCACAUUUCAUGGCGCUGUUGCAGGCCCACGACGUGGUGGCCCACGAGGUUUACAGCGACGAGGCUCUGAGGGUGACCCCUCCACCCACCUCGCCCUACCUGAACGGAGAAUCCCCGGAGAGCGCCAACGGAGACAUGGACCUGGAGAACGUCACCAGAGUCCGCCUGGUCCAGUUCCAGAAGAACACAGACGAGCCGAUGGGUAUCACGCUGAAGAUGAACGACUCAAACCACUGCAUCGUUGCAAGGAUAAUGCACGGGGGAAUGAUCCACAGACAAGGGACGCUGCACGUAGGAGAUGAGAUCAGGGAGAUCAACAGCAUCAGUGUGGCCAACCAGACGGUUGAGCAGCUGCAGAAGAUGCUGAGAGAGAUGCGAGGCAGCAUCACCUUCAAAAUAGUGCCGAGUUAUCGGACCCAGGGCUCUUCGUGUGAGAAAGAGUCCCCCAACACCUCCAGGCAGUCCCCUGCCAAUGGCCACUCCAGCAUUAACAGUUCUAUCUUGGACCUGCCAUCCACCAUUCAGCCCAAGGGUCGACAGAUGUAUCUAGAUGUAUCCAGACCUCCAAUCAAGGACAAAAUGUCUGUGAAGAUCUACGUGAGGGCUCAGUUUGAAUAUGACCCCUCCAAAGACGAACUCAUCCCCUGCAAGGAGGCCGGCAUCCGCUUCCGGGUGGGCGACAUCAUCCAGAUCAUCUCCAAGGAUGACCACAACUGGUGGCAGGGCAAGCUGGAGAACACAAAAAAUGGCACGGCAGGCCUCAUCCCGUCGCCAGAGCUGCAGGAGUGGCGAGUGGCGUGCAUAGCCAUGGAGAAGACCAAGCAGGAGCAGCAGGCCAGCUGCACCUGGUUUGGCAAGAAGAAGAAGCAGUACAAAGACAAGUAUCUGGCAAAGCACAACGCAGUGUUCGACCAACUAGAUCUGGUCACAUACGAAGAGGUUGUGAAGCUUCCUGCUUUCAAGAGGAAAACACUAGUUUUGUUAGGUGCCCAUGGAGUGGGAAGAAGACACAUCAAGAACACACUCAUAACCAAACACCCCGACAGAUUCGCCUACCCCAUCCCACACACAACCAGAACUCCAAAGAAGGACGAGGAGAACGGGAAGAACUACUACUUUGUUUCCCACGAUCAGAUGAUGCUGGACAUCAGCAACAAUGAGUACCUGGAGUACGGCAGCCACGAGGACGCCAUGUACGGGACGCGGCUGGAGACCAUCCGAAAGAUCCACCAACAGGGACUCAUAGCUAUACUGGACGUUGAACCUCAGGCCCUGAAGGUCCUCCGGACAGCAGAGUUUGCCCCCUACGUCGUCUUUAUUGCUGCACCAACUAUCACACCAGGCAUCAAUGAGGACGAGUCUCUCCAGCGGCUGCAGAAGGAGUCGGAGAUCCUGCAGAAGACCUACGCCCACUACUUCGACCAGACCAUCAUCAACAAUGAGAUCGAUGAGACCAUCAGACACCUGGAGGAGGCCAUCGAUCUAGUGUGCACCACCAGUCAGUGGGUUCCCGUGUCCUGGGUCUACUGACCUCCUCCCCUCCUCCCAGCAACAGCACCUCGGCCAAACUCCCAUCAUUCCCUCUACAAAGCAAAAGAAUAAAUUUAAAAAAACAAUUAACAAAAACUGACGGGAAACCUCUCUCCACACUGCACUUGAUCGAAGAAAAAAAGAAACUCAGCGUACUGUGACCACAGCAUUCAACCGAAAUCCUCCUGAACGCUGCACAAACUACCUGCAGCGGGGCAAUUAACGGACUCCUGCCCCUUCAAGAUGACCUAGUCAUAGUGUUGUACAAAAACAGAGUAAACAAAAAGUGAAUAUUGUCAUGUCUGUACUAGCUAGGAGGCGACAUUUCUGUAGAUGUUUGUUUUAAAGAGACAGUACUGCGUCCCGUCCUGCCAUGUUGGAGCACCGCUAGCAGUCCACAUCCCCACCACCACCAACAAAAACAACCCUCCAUCACCUUGUAGUCGUGUUGGGUGUUGUAGUACCAAAACCAUCUGCAGAGAGACACUGUCAGUGGGUAUUCUGUCUAUCAGCAGACGGACGUAAAAGCACACAAACACACUGCAAUGUCUUCUCAUCGGUAGAUCACAGCGCCAGCCCUCAUUAUUUAUUCAUUCCUGUUAUUUUCUAACCUUCAUCCUCUCAUGACUCCAUCCUAUUGUUCGGUACAGUAUCACUAUAUGCACCUUUCUACCUACCGACCUACCAACCAGGUACUGUCUCUUCUAAAUAAAUCCAUAAAUGUUUUAGAUUUGAAUGAGGUUAUCAUGCAUGUGGACAUUUGCAAGCUUCCAUGCUGUCAGUCAGUCAGUGUUCCCCCGUGUCCCUCUGUGAACCUCCGAGAAAGACAAGACGACAAAAAAUAAAAAUGUUUGGACUCCAAGUGAAGCAAGAAGGGGGGGGGAGGCAGGAAAAAUAAACAGCGACGGAGCCGGACGUUGACUUGACACCUAUGCACAUCCUUUGCAUUUCGGGUGACAUUUCUAAACCACACAGAUUUAUAAAUUUCAAAAAAAAAAUAUCAACCAUGUAGUGAGAUGUGUUUGUAAAAAAAAAAAUCUAAUAAAAGUUGAUUUGUUUCUCUUUUUGAUUUGUCAUACACAGAAAAAAAGAAUUCACCUAAUUCCUCAUUUGCCAUUUCAGAAAUGUGAUGUCCAAGAAGUAUUAGUGUUUCAAUCCAGUUUAAAAAUCAAAUGAGGUGAAAUGCUGAUUUUUAUUCUGAAACUGUGUUUACUUGUCUGCAAUGGAAGUGUACAAUUCUGCAAAGGGGACUACUUUGCGAGGGAAGAGGAGGCAGUGUGUGCAUCUGAAUGACCAUGUAUAUGACAAUGACAGACUGACAUACAACUGCCCCUUGUGUAAAUGACUCUGCAAUGAUAAGGGUUCUUCAGUAUGAACAAUUUUUUUAAAUAUAUUCCUUUUAUGUGUUGGAAAAAUUAA